AUGAAAGCAGUCGCUGAAGACAGUAACAAGUUCAGAAGUUGUUAUUCGUCCGCCUAUGUUACGGCUAACCAGUCCGUAGAAGGUAGCCCGGCCAAUGUACCUGUGAGACAGCUGAUUGAGAUCCCCGUCCGUUCACCGAACAAUCAGACAGAGGCAGGUGAUGUCACGUCUUGGGCCUCUGGUUCCCGCACUUCAUCCAUCAGCUCUGCGACAAAUAAGGGCUCAUUCCGCACCAACAUGAGCUUCAGUCACAUGCAGGACAGCCUCUCAUCUGAUCUUCACUCAGAGAUGGAUGAAAUUGAGAUGGACCUGAACAACGUCUCCAAGAGGGACCUGAUGGGCGUAUACAAAGACGUGGUACAAGAACGAGAUAAGUUAAAGUCGACGAUGAUUCAGUGUCAAGACCGCGCUUCCCGACGUAUCUCGGAGCUGAAAAAUCAGAUAGCCAUGGGACAGCAGGCAAAGAUAAUAGAACUCCUGAAAGAGAGCAAAGAACAGCAGGCGGCUAUGCUAACCGAUAAAGCACGCGUUGACCAAGAAUUAAGGGAGCUGCAAGCCCAGUUUCAAAAACUGCAGAGUUCCCUCGAGAGUAAGUUACAGCAGCAGGUACAACAGGCACGGGAGAUGAUAGAACAGUUAGAGACAGACAGACAGAUAGCAAUUGCAGAGGUGAAGCAGCAAGUUCAUGAUGAAGACAUCUUAAGAUUUAGGUCACAGGCACAGUCACUCGGUCAGGAGUACACGCAACUGAAGGAACACGUUGACAAAAUGGAGAAAGCUUCAACAAAUCAUUUGGAAAAAGCCCGUGCAAAUCAGUUGGCGAAAGCUCGUGCAAUCUUCAAGCGGUUAAAAGCAGAGAAGUCGGAGGCGAUUGCUAAGAGUGAGUCGAGACUGAAGGAAUAUGAGAACAAAAUGAAAGUGGAGAAGGAGAACCUGCAGAAACAGGGCAAUGACUUCCAGAAUAUGGAACGAGAAGUUAACCAAUUGCAAACGAGACUGGCACAAAGUGAGGAGAAUUUCAGAAAGAUGAAUGAACAACACAUCCGCACACUUCUGGAGAGAAGUGAGUUGGGUAUGUUGGUCCGUCAGAUGCAGGCUGAGGCCGAUAGACAGAAGGAGGAGUACGAGAGACCGUUAGGCGAAGCUGGUCACAUGUCAGAUGCUUGUCUUGCCCAGUUGGCUGCGUACCAUGAGAAACACGAAGUGGAGAUCCUGACCCAGCAUCAGACGAGUUUGCAGGAGAAGGCUGAAGAACAUGCAGCACACCAUCAGGAGGUAGUCAAUGGAUACAAGGCUCAGAUAAAGGCUGCUAUUGAAGACCAAGCGAGGGUCUUUGAGUAA